GUAGCGUAGCACUUGAAACGCGAAGCAGAAUGAACGAACAUAUUGAAUCGUUGUAUGGCGUUUUCAUUUGGCGUCAUUUAAUUUAAGACCUUAGGAUCAGAAGCUUCUUAUCUCUGCAGGUGUCCCGCUGGAGAAGAGCGGCGAGGUCACACAUUCACAAAUACACAAACACACACACACACACCCAGCUGAACAACACACUGCGCGAUCAGGGAGACCACACCUCCGAACGGAGGGCAAAAGUCCGGACGGAUCGAGCAGUGCACCUGCGACGACAUUCGCCAUGAACAACCUGAUAUGGUCGGGAUUACUGUGCGAGACUUCAAUUAAACUUGAUGUCUGUUUUAGCUGAGCGCGUUUCACCUCUCAGACGGAUUGGCUGUAUUUGUCUUGCUGUGUGUGUUUGUGGCUGAUGUGUUCGGGAUGGUGUGCUGCCUGCUAGCGCAUCACAGAUCGUGACCUGUCGCAUUCUGGCCAAGAGAAAAACUCAGAGACUUGCUCCAUUGUCUGAGUCUAGCAACCAGGCAGAGAAGAGUAUGCUAGACAAGGCAUCAGCUGUUGUAUGGUGACCGGAGACAAAACAAGAGCCUGCUUUAUGAAUGCUUCUUUUUCAGAUACAUUAGAGACCUGCAUGUCCGAGAUACAACAGUGUACUGGUUGACUAGAAAAUGAGUGGCGCGCAAUGCUCAGCAUUCACACCUGUCGGGAAAGAUGCCAUUUGCUCUAAAUCUUCAAGAAAGCCACCAAACUUCAAUAGCCAACAGCAACAUGAUUCAAGAAAGAGGAGAAGGAACUGUAACCAGGUGUCCUCUCACAGCUGGGACCUGUCUUGAGCACCAUUAGCAUCGAACAUAAUGUCAGAGCUGGAGGACUAUUCCCCUCCUCGGGGCCACCUUCAUCCUGACCCGGCUCGCAUCCAGCAGAACCUGCUUGAGGAGCAGGUGGAGCUCUGGUGGUUCAGCGAACCACGCAAAUCCUUAUUAUGCUACUGCGCUUCAGUGGCCUUGAUCUUAGGCUGCGGCCUGGGUGGUGUAGGCCUCCUUUCCACUACCACCAGCCUUUCCAGCGAGUGGCGACUUGGUGCCGGAACUGUUCUUUGCCUUCUCGCUCUGGCCGUCCUUCUCAAGCAGUUGCUGAGUUCUGCUGUUCAGGACAUGAACUGUGUGCGUAGCAGGCGUCGGAUCAACAUGCUAAAGAGCGGUGGUUUAUCUGACGUCCUCAUCGUGUUGAUCACGGGAAUCUCUCUGCUAAUAUGUGGAGCUGUCCUGCUGAAUGUGGCCCUUUCCUACCACAUGCCCAAACCUGGGAAGGCGCUGAAUGACAUGUAUAUAUCCGGGGUGGUGAUGCUGGUAGUUGGGAGUUUUACAGUGUUAGCGGUUGGGAUAUAUGCCGUAGUAGUUUACCUCAUAGAGAUGUCAAGGCCAGGACAGAGGCGAUGGGAGAGGACAGUGGGGAUCUUCAGCAUUUCAGGCCAGAUGCAGGCAAGGAGAGAGACUGCUUCAAGCCUGGCUCAUCUGAUAUAACUGUGACUACUUAAUAAAUAUACCAUUCUUUUACUGAACAGAAACUGAGAUGAAAAACCAGCACUCUCAAUUAAAUGAUACUUUGAACCCAUUAAACUAAAGCACAAAUCACAUGUGACAUUUACAAUUAUAUUUUGAUUCACAUUUUGGCUCAAGGAUCCAAGUCAUUAAAGAUUUCAGGGUUUAAGCACAAAAAUGUAGCUUUUACAUGUGUCACUCCAAUAAAGUACAGUUAAAAGUACUGAAAAAGCACAAAAAUAAUCUAAAGUUUGACCUUUAAUUGAUUUUAGGUAAAACAUGCUGCUUUAUCUCCAACGCUUUUAGACAACUACAAUAUGUGCAUGUCCUUGACUGCUUUAUUUAUGUGGGCAACUGUGAGCAUACCAAGUCGUUGUCCAUGAUGGGAUGUCUUUAGCUUUUCAGGAGUUCUGAUGUGUGGGUAAAUUGACUGACUGUGUCAGCUGAAUUCACAUGUGUGUGGAUUUAUAGUGCAGGCAAUGCUUUGGAUCAAAUAAAGAAUCAGAAUAUCAUUCUGA